UGUCAGUCUUAGCACAUCCACAACAACGGUGCGAUGUGUGCUCAAAAUAUGAAAAGUGCUUUUUAAUACUGCGAACCAUAAUAUAUAUUUAAUAGCAAUUUAAAACAUGAUGUGUUCGGUCAACUUACAUUUACUUAGACUGGAUAUGCAAUUUAGUUAAUGUGGAAUGUAGUAAAAAUCGACCGUUAAAUGCAUAAAUAUUUACAGAUUUCAUGUUUUCGGAACAAAUAUUUGUUUUUAAAUCGUGUAAAUCAAUUAAGUGAAUUAUAAGUGUUUUGAGUGAUUAAUUUUCACACCGAACAAAAUAAUCAGAUACUGUGUUCCGUUCCGUAUAAAUGUGUGAACCGUGUUGUGUUCGGUGUGAUGUACUCGUUUAUAAUUUUUGUUGUAAAUAAGAAAGAAAUUAAAUUUAAGAAUAAAAUUUCGUUCUGAAAUUGGCACACACACUACACACAGGCUACAACUUCGCCUCGUACGUAUACGUAUAUUAAUAUAAAUAUAUAUUGUGUGAUGAGGAGAACUAGCUGCGGCUUUUGUUGAAGAGAACUAAAUAUAGUCAAAACCAAUGUACCUAAACAACUGAUGGUAUAAUGCAAACCUUCAACGGAUCAUAUAAAUUAUGGGACCCUUCGGCUUUUUACCAUCAUAUGUUUGUGCUGUUUAUGUUGGUGUGGAAUCGAUUUUUCGCUUAAUGAUUAAUUCAGAUAUCCUCAACUGCAAUUCAAACAAUUUACCGGAACGUAAAUAGAAUCUACUAGCAUCGUCAUUGUUUCCUUUAAUUAAAUAAUUUGCAAAGCGACCAACAACUAUAUAGAAUACUAAGCUAUAUGAUAUUCCAUCACUUUUGAAAAUGAUUGGUGUACCGACCAAUCAUAUGAGAACACAUUGAAACGAGCUAUGCAAAUACACAAAUGACGUUCAAAUCCGAAACAUAUCCCAUUCAGAUUAUAUAAAAUAAAAGGUUUUUACGAGAGAAAAAAAAACGAUCGUACGGGAACCACAUUGCGAAUAAACUGCAGGUCGACGAGACAAAAAAAAAAACAGAAAAAGGAAAAUUCAAUUAGGAUUAUGCCAAUCAAACACAGCAUCUGUGAGCAUCUACGUACGGGACAAUAUUUUGUUAUAAACAUUAUCUAACAUAAAAUAUGAGUAACAGUGGAAAAUCGGAAGUUAGCACUUCGUAUGCGAGGAACGAUGAAAAUUCCAGCGCCAAGAAAUGUGAAUUGUCAACUGAGCCGAUUGUGACCAGUAAUGGAAAACCAGACCGCAUACUAAAUAAAGUUAAAUGUUGUGGUGAACAGACGAUGCAUGCGGUGCCGGAUGUGAAACUUUCAAUGUGUGACUUGGCGGAAGCGAAACCAGAAUUUCUAAUAUCAACAAUAAAGGAACUGCAGCGGAAAAUUGAAUAUACGGAGAAGAUGAACUGGCUGUGUUUGACGAAUCGUCCAGUCGGUCCUCCCCAUCGUAAAACUAGUCUGCCAAACCAUACGGAAGUGAAGAAACGUUUUCUCGAAAUCUGUGACCAAACACUAUCCGACGAAGUGCUGACCGCUCUGCGUUUGCCCGACUUUGAUUCGUACGUAUGGGAAGACGAAGACGUUCUGAAUUUGAUGCAGGCAAUGUUUACCGAAACGAAAUUGGUGCAAAAGUUCAACAUACCGAUGUCAACGCUGCGGGAAUGGCUGUAUGAAGUUUACAAACACUACAACUCGGUACCGUUCCACAAUUUUCGGCACAGUUUCUGUGUUGCCCAAAUGAUGUACACUAUUUCCUGGCAUACGAACUUAGCCUCACGGUUGGGUGAUCUAGAAAUUUUAAUUCUCUUGGUGUCAUGCAUAUGCCAUGAUCUCGACCAUCCUGGAUACAACAAUAUUUAUCAGAUAAACGCUCGAACCGAAUUGGCACUGAGGUACAAUGACAUAUCGCCGCUAGAAAAUCAUCAUUGUUCAAUUGCUUUUCGACUGCUGGAAAAUCCUGACUGUAAUAUUUUUAAGAAUUUUAGCAAGGAGAAGUUUAAGGAAAUUCGUGAGGGCAUCAUUCGGUGCAUUUUGGCCACUGACAUGGCCAGACAUAACGAAAUACUGUCACAAUUCCAAGAAAUUAGCCCAAAUUUUGAUUAUUCCAAUCAAUCGCACGUCAAUUUGCUCUGUAUGGUACUCAUAAAAGUGGCCGACAUAUCAAACGAGGCCCGACCAUUGGACAUUGCAGAACCUUGGUUGGAACGCCUGUUGCAAGAGUUUUUCGCCCAGAGUGCUGCUGAAAAAUCGGAAGGACUCCCAGUGACGCCAUUCAUGGAUCCGGACAAAGUUAGUAAGCCGGGAAGCCAAGUAAGAUUCAUUGGACUGGUUCUAUUGCCACUGUUCGAAGCAUUGGGACAACUAUUACCAGAAGUUGUCGAUCUUAUCAUCAAUCCGGCAAAGUUCGCUCUAGAUCACUAUAAAAAACUCAACGAUGCCCAAGUGAAAACGCGAAAAUCGUUGAUUGAGGACUAUGUGUCUUCAGAGCAAGGCUCUCCUCAACUACCCAGAUCUCAAUCUGGUAUAAGCGUUCGUUCGCGACGAAGCUUGCCGUCGCAAAAAUCGGUAUCCCGUACAUCAGUCGAUGAACAGCUUUGCGUUUCAGCUGAACUGCAUGACCUACCCGAAGGCAGUGAAAGUGGUGACUCGGAAGAAGCAACGGAGGUGGAAGUGGCUGAGAAAACAUCUAAGUUUAAAGUGAACACGGAAGGUAAUGCCAGUAACAAAUACUCUCAACCAAACUCUCGGAAAGGAAGUCGCGAGAAGAGGCCAUCAAUGAUCAGUGAAUUGGGCCACAGAUCCCGCGGUUCUCAUGGCAACAUACACAAUUAUCACCGAACGUACUUCGGUGUCAGCAAAGCUGUUAGUUUGGAUCAAUACAACAGUCGCCGGCUAUCGGAUGGAAUACAGCAGGGAUCCGAUGAAAAUUCAAUGGCAUACAAUCGUCAACAUCGCAGCCUGGACAAUGAAGUGAUCUACACCAAUCGCAUGGACAAUUGUUCCGAGAAACCUACACCAGAUUCGACGAAACGGCCGAUCGAAGAUCUACAGAAUAUGAACCAAAGCCCAUGUUGCGUAAGCCCCAACCAAGGCGUUGCACCGACAUCGACGAGUGUACAGCCGAAUCGUUGUUACAAUGAAUCGAAAACAUUUAUGUCGAGACUGCGUCAGUUUAGCUUUAGUCGAUUUAGUUUUAGCUUCGAAAAAGAUCCGAAACGUGUCACACCACUGCCGACCAAUUUAAUUGCACUGAAAAAUAACAAUGCCGACACGGUGAAAGGCCAGUACUGUGUCAAUCUGACCAAUCGACAUUCGUUGACCGUAACCAAUAAGCAAAGUAUUCCACGAAAUCGUGCAUUUAGCUUAGACGUACCGAUGGGCCGAUGCAGCACCAGCAGUGCCGGUAGCUGUGACGGUAACAAUCGAUUGACUGAAAGUAAUAGCAACAAAACGAUGAGUCCGGCCAAACCGGAGGCGGACAGUUGCCGUGCCGACGACGAUGACGGUAAUUAUAUUUGACAGAAAAGUGAUGAUCUCACUUCAACGGCAAGUGGAUUGGACACGGCAUCCGGUUCGGUGCUUUGGAUGGGCUGUUUCAGUCACCGUCUGAGUGCGUUGAUGUGCAAAUGUUGUGAGAAUAAAUUCCCGGAACCGGAAAAUGUGUAAUACACGCGAGCGCACCGGGUGGAAGGGUUCCAAUAUUAAUAUUAUUAGUGCACGUGUGUUUGUUGAUUGACCAAUUUGAUAAUUUGUAAGUAGGAUAGUGGAACAAGUAUAGGUAGACUAGGAUAUUUACGUAAACAAAACAAAACAAAAGAGUGGAAAAAUGAAUUGAGUAAAUUUAUGAUUAAUCAAAUUGAUAGAUGUUCUGUCACAGGUUGCAAAUGUGCCCUUUUACGUCUCUUAUUAAAUAUUAGGCUAAAUCAAUCGGUGAACAAAAACUUAUACACAAAAAUUUUUCGACAAAAUAAUAUUUCCUAUUUUCUUAAACAAUUUAAACAAAAUUAUAUUCGUAACCUUCCUACCAGAUAAACCUACUGCCUCUAAAAACAACAAAAAAAUAAAUUAUUUUUUAUAACUUUAAUCGUUAAAAAUAAAACAAACAAAGAAAUGACAUCAAAUCACACAAAAAAAAUGGAAAGAAAAUUAUUAACGAAAAAGAGUUGUAGGACAUUAGAUUAAAUCGUAUAAGAAAUGAAUUGAAUAUUUAUGUGUAGACUAGAUAGAGAAUUGAUAAAAAGUUUUGAAAAAAAAAAACAUUAAAAACGUUAAA